CUAGCUUGUGGGGUACUUCAGUACAUUACACACAUCAAGUAAAACCUCAUUGGAAACUUGCUGUUUCAAAAAAACAAAAAAAAAAAAAAAAAACAGUAAAAGUGUUAUGGAUUUGCUGUUAUGUUGAAGACCUAUAAUGUGAGAUUGUCCAGGCAACUGUUUCAUGCCCCUUUUCCACCAACAUGAUUUCAGAACUGCAUUCUUGAACCAUUUUAUACCGUUUCACCAAAGAAACAGGUCUGGAAACACUGGUUCUGCAAUAAGUAUUUUCUGAUUUUGGAACCAGGGCCUCAUUUAUAAAGAGGUGCAUAGAAUGGUCCUAAAUGUGGAUGUACAGCCAUUUCCGUAAUGUUAAUAUGAAUGAUAUAUACAGUGUCCAUAGCUCAAAAAGAAUUCCUUAAUGUUAGGUAAAAUUUCCUGAACGACGUCGAAAUUGGCUGGCUACUCCAUUGAUGCUUGCAGUAAGGAGAAGUUUCUAACUGUUUAUGCAAUACAUAAACUUAAAAAUAUUUAAUCGGAAAAGCAUUAAGCAUUGAAGGCUGCAUGCAGUCUACUUGCAAUGUGUUCUUCUAUUGAGAAUGAGAUGCAAGGAAAUUGGAGAGUGUGCCAAAAAAAAAAAAAAAGAAAGAAAGAAAUGCUGAAUGCUAGCUCUAUCUCCAGCCUGUUACUUCACCAUUCAGUUUGUGGGCCAGUUUGCUCCCAUUAAAUCUGGCACCAUAUUGAUGGAAAAGGGGUAUAAGAGGUGCUGGGUUUAUGUGGAUUCCUGCCUAGAAAAGAUGAUUUGUGGUUAAAUUUAAAGGUAAGUAUGAGUGCGGACUCCAGUGCCACUCACCUGUAUUUCCCCCCCAGUAAAGGACUCAGUACUUUGACGAAAGCAGACAUGUUGUUUUGGAUGUAAUAACAUCUGUUUAAAAUAUGUAAUGAUCUGCCUAAGCGUAUUUAGAGCCCUUGUUCAAAGAAUGUAUGUUAACUAAGCUGUACAUAUUUACAUUAUUGUUUACAGAAGAUACUUCUCUGCUUCAUCAAAGACCUGAGAACUUUACGUACUGGUUCUCUUGUCAUCUUGGAUGGAUCUCUGACUGCUCAUGCUGACCCCACUCUCCCCAAAAUGUUUUCAUGAAUUGCUUAAUUUAUAAUGUUGAUAUCUGUGGUCUGUAGACCUGGAUGCUAAACAGUCCUAGAGUUUCUUUUACAAAGAUGCACAUUUUGUAUUUCAGACCAUUGUCCUCAUGAACAUAUACCGUAACACUCAAAACUGCCCAGUCUGCUGAUGGUUUACACUGUGCUGUUAGUGAUGUGGAAAUGCAGGAACAUUAUGAUGAGUUUUUUGAGGAAGUCUUUACAGAAAUGGAGGAGAAGUAUGGAGAGGUCGAGGAGAUGAAUGUGUGCGAUAACCUUGGUGAUCAUUUGGUCGGAAAUGUUUAUGUGAAGUUUCGGAAGGAAGAAGAUGCUGAGAAGGCUGUAUUGGACUUAAAUAAUCGCUGGUUUAAUGGCCAACCAAUACAUGCAGAGCUCUCACCAGUUACAGACUUCAGAGAAGCCUGCUGUAGGCAAUAUGAAAUGGGGGAGUGCACUAGAGGCGGUUUCUGUAAUUUCAUGCACUUGAAACCCAUUUCUCGAGAGCUAAGGAGAGAGCUUUAUGGACGUCGUAGAAAAAGACAUCAUUCUCGGUCGAGAUCUCGUGAAAGACGCUCUCGUGAACACAGCCGUGGAGGUCGUGAACGUGAGAGGAGAAGAUCAAAAGAUCGUGAACGUUCUGGAAGAUUUUGAGCCAUGACAUAGUUUUGCUGCUUAUGUUUUAUUGCUUAGUGUCAUCAACCAAUGACCAGCAUUUUUGUGAGACAUAAGAUGCCAUCUUGUUACUUGUUUAAAACCCUUUAGUUUGUCACUUUAUUUACUUUUUUAAAAGUGUAUAAUUGAAAGAAUUUUGUUUCUCAAUAAAAGUGCAUUUUUAUAAAUUGUUUGUGCCACAGGUUUAUGUCUGGGAUUAUUAAAAUCUUAGUCAUGAUGAA